AUGCAUGUUCCUCCACCUCCACCUCCCCCUCCCUGUCAUGGGCCAGAGCCCCUCUCUCUGCUCUGCUCCGCUGCUACAAAAGACGGCAUCAUUUUUUGCCUCCCUCUCCUGCUUGUCCGGCUCCUUUCUUCUCCUCCUGCCCCAUUCCAGCCGAGCCGAGAAGCUGGACACACACAGGAACAAAUAGCUAUGCAGAGGAGGAAGCAUCACAUCCCAAAAUAUCCCACAGGAUAAACAUCUUGAGAUCCCCUCACAAAUCCAGCAAGAACGGCAUUCUCCAAGCUGUCCCUCUUGCUGCUUCACCUACUCCUUUUGCAGUAUUUUCCUAGUUCCUACUAGCAGUCUCCAGUCUAGCAGCACAUCAAGAACCAAGAAAUCCAGCGAAAGGGAUUGAUUCCAUCCUUUUUGCGCCUAUUCAGCACAAGUUACCCAGACAAGAAUCGCUCUUGCAAGAUCUUGUCAGCAAUUUGGCGUCAGCUCGGCGGCCAAUCUCGCGCCGGAGGUUGAGAUUUAGAGGCGGGAGAAGCCUAGUCUCCAGCGAUGGCGGCCGCGCUGGAGUGCUGGUCGGGCCGGCCGAGCACCGACGAGGAGUCCAUGGUGGAGCAGGUUCUCAUGAAGCCCCACGCUCGCUCGGACGGCUCGCUCCCCACCUGCGCCGACUCGGCCGGCGCGGGCGACCCGAUUUCGGGCCCGGCGGCGCCCAAGAAGUGGCAGCGCCUGGGCCGCAACUUCGCCGGCGCCAUCGCGGCAUUCAAGAACACGCUGAACCUGGACAACGGCGGCGUCCCCCGCGACCCCUCGCCGCGCGCCGGCGGCGAGAAGCCGCCGCUCCUCCUCCGCGGCCUCGCGCAGCUCUACUCCCGCGGCGCCGCCGCCCAGCAGCUGCCGGAGAAGCUCGUUUCUGACCUCCGCCGCCACUUCGAUGCUCUUCCCAACAGCUACGCGCAGGCAGGAUUUGACAUGAAAGAUGUCCUCUUGCACGCCCGCCUUGUAGAGCAGGCGGCCGGUGACGAUCAGCCUGCACUGAGCAUCGAGGAAGUUCAUGGCAGCAAUGGCAGAGAAAGUGGUGCCGAGGGCACUGUAUUUCAGCUCACUUUUGCCUGCAAUGCCCCACUUUCAUGGCAGUCAAUGUCAGGCUCACUCGACAGCCCAUUGUUCAGUUGCAAGAAGAUCCAGAUCUUCGAGAAGAGAGGAUUGACACUUGGUGCUGUCCUGAUAAUUGUGCAAUCCGGGAGCGAGGAGCUCUUCAAGAGCCGUGUCGAGGCUGCCCUAAAAUCGGCAACAAAGAAGCAUCGGAAGAACAGUGGCGGCGGUGGCGGCGGUGUGAAGCUCCCCUUCGGGCUCUGCGGCUGCCAGGAAGAAGGAUCACGCAACUUCGACGAGGAGUCCAUGUUUGAUCCCGAGGAUGGUCAGGUUCUUGACAAUGAGCCUGCACGCAGACCAUACCUUCCCACUCCCCUACCACAGUCAUCAGUGUUUGUUUCAGUAGAUGAGUGGCAGACCGUCCGAUCCGGGGGCGAGGAGCUUGGCCGCUGGAUUGUGAGCUCCGAGGAGAUCGAAUUCGUCGACUGGGUUGGCCAAAACUCGUUCAGGGGAGUCCAUAGAGGAAGGAAGGUUUGGGUUAACAAAAUGAGGGGUUGUAACAUGGGCAGUGCUUACGAUGUCGAGAUCCGUCAGGACUUGCUGCAGCUGAUGAGCUGUGGCCAGAAGAACAUCCUCCAGUUCCAUGGCAUCUGCUUCAAUGAGAGCCAUGGCCUCUGCAUAGUGACCAGGAUGAUGGAAGGAGGCUCAGUUCAUGACAUCAUUAUGCAGAGAAACAAGAGAUUGUCGCUCCGGGACACGAUGAGGAUUGCUCUUGAUGUCGCCGACGGCUUGGCGUUCAUGAACGGCUACGGCAUUGCCUACCGUGAUCUUAACGCACGAAGGAUCCUACUAGACAGACAGGGAAAUGCCUGCCUUGGGGAUAUGGGCAUUGUUACCCCUUGUAAUAAUGCUGGCGAGGUUACUGAGUACGAGACAUCUGGGUAUCGCUGGCUAGCUCCGGAGAUCAUUGCUGGAGAUCCAGAAAGCGUAUCGGAGACCUGCAUGAGCAACGUCUACAGCUACGGGAUGGUUCUCUGGGAGAUGGUGACCGGCGAGGAGGCCUACUCGACGUACUCGCCGGUGCAGGCGGCGGUGGGGAUCGCGGCGUGCGGGCUGAGGCCGGAGAUACCGAGGGACUGCCCGCCUUUCCUGAGGUCGCUGAUGAGCCGGUGCUGGGACAAUUGCCCUCUGAAGCGCCCUCAGUUCUCGGAGAUCAUAUCCACCCUGCAAAAGCAGAGCAUGAGAUAGUUUUUUUCUUCUUUCUUCUUUCUUUCCUUUUUUACCAUUAUAAAUUAUGUUAUAGUAGUAUAUGUGCUAUGUUUGGCUGAGUGCCCAGAGAUGCAGGAGACUGCAUAUGAGAUGAGAUGAGAUGAAAAAAAAGUAUAAUAUAUGUGCAAAGGCUUGAUAUA